UGGGUUUUUCCUUCUUCUUUCUCUAAUUCUCAUUCUCAUUACCAAACCUCGCUUCUCUGCUCUCUCUCUCUCUCUCCUCCAAUUCAUUCAUUUUCUCUCUCUAAAGUUCCCUUCCUUACUAUCACAAUAUCUCCUUUCACUUACUUAUUUCCAUUUCUCUCACUCACUACACCGGAAUUAAUAUUCUUUAUUUCUAAUUCCGUUCCAGAAAUAACUUUCCGACGUAUUCUAACCAAACCAAACCAAGUAUGCUCACUCUCACACUCUCUUUUACGCUUCAAAGAUAAACAAAAUCAAAAUCGAAAUACAGAUAGAAGAAAUUCAUCUUGAUCAUGUUCGUUAGUUUGAUGAUAUGAGACUAGUGCUUUAAUUAGUGAUAUGCAACUGUUCAAAAAACUUCUACUACUAAACUAGUUCAAUCCAACAACAUUUUGCUCUGAAAUGGCAACUUAGACUUUGUUCGAAAUUCAUUCCAUGCAUUAAUAAUCAAGGGAAGGUAUCAUAAAAUAUAAAUUAACUGAUGGGGGGUAUCUGUUCUAGGAAGAGAGAUCAACAAGUCAUAGAAGAUGAUUUACGCAGGGGAGUAUCUGGAAGGUACUGUAGAAGUGCCAGUACAAAAUGGUUAGGAUCCAGAAGUUUACGUUCUAAGGCAAAUCAUUGUCCUGGAGGGGGUACCUGUCCUUCUCUUAUGGAUUUAUGCAUAAAUAAGAUGCGUGAGGAUUUUCAUAAAUAUGAUUCCUUUUCUAUUCUUCCGAGAGAUAUAAGCCAGUUAAUCUUCAAUGAGCUGGUGGAUUCUCAUUGUCUUACAGAAACAUCUCUCAAUGCUUUUCGAGAUUGUGCUCUUCAGGAUGUUUACUUGGGUGAAUAUGUUGAAGUGCAUGAUGGUUGGAUGGAUGUCAUUGCUUCACAAGGUUUGUCUUUACUUGCAGUUGAUGUUUCUGGUUCUAAUGUGACAGACAAUGGACUGCGAUUCCUAAAGGAUUGCGUAAAUCUUCAAGCAUUGACCCUCAAUUACUGUGAUCAAUUUUCAGAGCAUGGACUCAAACAUAUUAGUGGUCUGUCAAACUUGACUUCAUUGAGUAUCAGGAAGAGCUGUGCUGUCACACCUGAUGGAAUGCGUGCCUUUUCCAACUUAGUUAAUUUGGAGAAGUUGGACCUUGAGAGGUGUUCAAAUAUUCAUGGCGGUUUUGUUCAUUUUAAAGGUCUGAGAAAGCUUGAGUCUCUUAAUAUUGGAUGCUGUAAAUGUGUUACGGAUUCAGACAUGAAGGCUAUCUCAGGUUUUAUUAAUUUAAAGGAGUUGCAAAUUUCCAACAGCAGUAUUACUGAUCAUGGGAUUUCUUACUUAAGAGGUUUGCAGAAGCUUACCACAUUAAAUGUUGAAGGAUGCAAUAUUACUGCUGCAUUUUUUGAGUAUAUUUCUGCCUUAGCUGCCCUGGCAUGCUUGAAUCUCAACAGAUGCGGUCUUUCUGACGACGGAUUUGAGAACUUUUCUGGUCUUACAACCUUGAAGAGGUUAAGUCUUGCAUUUAACAAGAUUACAGACGCAUGCUUAGUUCAUCUAAAAGGUUUAACAAAUUUGGAGUAUUUGAAUCUGGACUCUUGCCAGAUCGGUGAUGAAGGACUUGCUAAUUUGACAGGCCUCACUCUCUUGAAAAGCCUUGUGUUGUCUGACACUGAAGUUGGGAACAGCGGCCUUCGAUAUAUAUCAGGUUUAAACAAACUGGAAGAUUUGAAUCUGUCAUUUACCGCAGUAACUGAUAAUGGCCUGAAAAGGCUCUCAGGACUGACAUGUCUUAAAUCACUUAAUCUGGAUGCUCGACAGAUAACUGAUGCUGGACUGGCAAAUCUUACAAGUCUAAGUGGAUUGAUAACAUUGGAUCUCUUUGGAGCCCGUAUUACUGACUCUGGAACUGCAUAUUUGCGAUCGUUCAAGAACCUGCAAUCCCUUGAGAUAUGUGGUGGAUUAUUAACUGAUGCAGGCAUGAAAAAUAUUAGAGAAAUUGUCUCCCUGACACAGCUAAACCUGUCCCAGAAUUGCAAAUUAACAGAUAAAACUUUGGAAUUAAUCUCUGGAAUGACUGCACUGAGAUCACUAAAUGUUUCAAAUUCCCGCGUAACCAAUGAAGGACUGCGGUUUUUGAAGCCUUUAAAGAAUCUAUGCACUCUAUCCUUGGAGUCUUGCAAGGUAACUGCAGCUGAAAUUAAGAAGCUCCAUUCAGCUGAUCUUCCAAAUUUGAUAAGCUUUCGGCCAGCUUUGACAAGGUAAUUGAGAGAAUUAUGUUCUCUACCUGAUGAACAAACAAUUCUCUGUACAUAUUUAUAGCUACUGAUGAACAAACAAUAAUAUUAAUAAAGAUAAGGGGUGAUUUCUGAAGAGAAAAAAAAAAAAAGCAGUUACAGUAUUUGCCAUGCAAGAGUGUAAUUAUGCUUUAUUUUGCAUGGUUGUAUUUUCCCGUCUAAGAAAAAUUGUACAUUUUUUUUCCUUUUCUCCCCCAGGUGUAUAUGUCGUGUGGGGACUAUCUAUGUUGUCUGUGCAUUAUGUAAUAGCAUUCUCAUGUAUGUAAAUAAAUGUUUGAACCAGAGGGGUGAUGUCUAUUCCUUUUACAAUAA